CUGCAACACGUAGAGGCGAUAACAGAGGUGGUGGAGACCCGGCCCCCCGGCGACCGCCGUGGCGGACGUGGUGGUCGGGGUCGCGACCGGGAGCAACGGCCGCGAGAGGAUGACAGCGGUGGAUUCACCGAACGGGUAGUCCACACUCGUCGCAUUUCCAAAGUCGUCAAAGGCGGUCGUCGGCUGCGCUUUAACGCGCUGGUUGUAGUCGGAGAUGGGCAAGGCCACGUUGGAGCCGGCAUGGGCAAGGCGUUGGCGAUCCCAGACGCGGUGCGGAAAGGCAACGCGGUAGCGCGCCGCAGCACCGUAACUAUUCCCCUCAAAGGCAGCACGAUUCCCCACGCGAUAUCGGUCCGCAAAGGGGCGUCUAUCGUCAUCAUCAAACCCGCUCCCCCGGGCACCGGCGUCAUUGCCGCCGGCGCCAUGCGCGCCAUGCUGGAGUUGGGCGGCGUUCAGGACGUAGUCGGCAAAUCGUUAGGCUCGCGCAAUCCAAUCAACAUUGUUCAGGCCACCAUGGAAGCGCUUAGCCUGUUGCGCGACCCGGUGACGGAACGCGCCAUUAGAAUGAAUGCAAUCACCCCGGUCGACCAAUGGCGCAACUGCCACCGCGGCGCCGGCAACCACGGCUGA